AUGUAUGCCUUUCUCAUCUCAGUGACCAUUGCUGCACUCAUAGAAGUCUGGAUCCGGGCAGCCUUUGGCGUCAGUCGUCGUGGCUUGGCCACAGGAAAGCCAUCAUUAGCAACUCUGGUUACACACCUCCAAGAAGUUGUUGAUCGCUGGCCCGUGGACACAGCCAAGGGUCACCGCGAUGUCCGUAUUCAUUUGCAACAGCGUGCUCGUGACUUGAUCGCGGAAAAGUCACCGGAAAAGCUCAACCACGAGGCCGACUGCUUGGAGCGAUUAACGAAAAAUGUCCACCGGGACCUGCACCACCUGCCCCAAGGACUUGGUGGCGCUCCACCCGUCGUGGCUGCAACUGGACUAAAUCUCCAAACCAUUUCAACAGUUCUUGCAAACAAAAGUGAUGCCGUGCCCAAAGCCUCUUUUUUUUCCCGGGUCAUGCGCUUCUUCAGUUAA